AUGUCAUCCUCUCUCCUAGCUUCUGCCACCACACAUCCUCUCCUAGCUUCCUCUCCAUCCUCUCCUCGCUAUACCACAUCCUCUCCUAGCUACGUCACAUCCUCUCCUAGCUAUGUCACAUCCUCUCCUAGCUAUGCCACAUCCUCUCCUAGCUAUGUCACACCUUCUCCUACCUAUGUCACAUCCUCUCCUAGCUAUGUCACACCUUCUCCUAGCUAUGUCACAUCCUCUCCUAGCUAUGUCACAUCCUCUUCUAGCUAUGUCACAUCCUCUACUAGCUAUUUCACAUUCUCUCCUAGCUAUGUCACAUCCUCUCCUAGCUAUGUCACAUCCUCUCCUAGCUAUACCACAUCCUCUCCUAGCUAUACCACAUCCUCUCCUAGCUAUACCACAUCCUCUCCUAGCUAUGCCACAUCAUCUCCUAGCUAUGUCACAUCCUCUCCUAACUAUGCCACACCCUCCCCUAGCAGCUUUGUCACACCCUCUCCUAGUUAUGUGUCGUCUUAUCCUAGCUAUGUCACAUCUUCUCCUAGCAUCUUGGUCACGUCUCCCAGCAACUAUGUAAUAUCUUCGCGCUACGGCACAGCCUCUCCUAGUCCCAGCAUCAUCCCAGCCUCCCCCAGCAUCGUCCCAGCCACUCCCAGCAAAGAUGUACUGAACGAUGUGGAAAUAACACAGUCUCUGGUAGAACCUAAAAUAGAACACGUACAAAAACGAAAAAGAGAAAACGGACCUGAAUUGAUUCAUGGACAAACUUAUAUUGAUGAAGACGAGAUGGACUUUGUAGAAAUGGAUCAAAUUUCAAACCCCGGGAAUAAAUUGAUCAAUCAAGGAGAGGAAUUCAGAGUUGCUAAUAAUGCAACUGGAAACGAAGGAGAAGAGAGUGAAGAGGAGAGUGAUGUGAUACUAACCUUAGAUCAAACGUCAAUAAACAAUAACCACACAGAGAUGACUCCCAUCGACCCUACUAAACCUAUGGUCCACAGAAUCUCAGACCAAGAGCCAAUCAAUGGCGGUGAAGAAGAAGCUGUUUUCUCCGUGGGAAACUUCGACUUGACUGGCUCUGAUUUCCAUUUUAGCUUCCCGUCACAGUACUUCCAAGAUUUAUUCAUCCCAUUAUUAAAGCGAAUAACGAGAGGUGGAUCCAUAUCAUCCCAAAACACAACGAAAAACAUCACGAUACCCUCAACAUCACCAACUAAGGCGUCAACAUCUAAUAGUAAUUCUGGAGACGACGCUUCCACGAGUAUAAAACACCGGAAAGGAACUAAGCCUAUCAGACUAGCCUUCCUCCGUGAGGCUGCCCGGGUGGAGCCCAUCCUAGCUGUGACCGCUCCCGCCCACACCCGUGCCAACCUCAUCGGCUCUUGUACCCGCUCUUGUGGGGGAGGCACCCGUCUCGUCACCCAGGUGUGUGUGGAUCUAAUGAGCCCGGAGAAGCAGGUGGACGAAGAGUUGUGCGAAGGUCUUCCGAACUACAAGGCGCCCUUCAACCAGUCGUGCAAUACCUUCCCCUGCCAAACCCCCGGGUAA